GAGCCAAAGCAUAAGACCACAGUGAAUAUAAGGGGAAUUACUGGCAAGAGAGCCCUAGACCAGCUUAACACCGAACCUAUUACUUUUCCAAGAUCAGAAAAAUAUUAUACGAACAAGAACCAUUUCUCCAUCUCAUGCAGACAAGAAUUCAAGCUUUGACAUUGUGAACCACAGACCAGUUGGAGCCUGGCAUUGAAAGGAGGUGUUCUGCAUCGAUUUUUUUUUCUUGUUUAAAGAAGUUUACUUCUACAAGAGGGAAUCUGAAAAAUGACAGGGGCAAAGAGGAAAAAGAAAAGUGUGCUCUGGAGCAAGAUGCAUACCCCACAUUGUGAAGACUUUAAGCAGUGGUGUAGAAGGCGGCUACCUAUUUUGGAAUGGGCAACAUGUUACAAUCUGAAAGAAAAUUUGCUUCCAGACACUGUGUCUGGGAUAAUGCUGGCAGUUCAACAGGUGACACAAGGGCUGGCCUUUGCUGUCCUCUCAUCUGUGCACCCAGUGUUUGGUCUGUACGGGUCCCUGUUUCCUGCCAUCAUUUACGCCGUAUUUGGAAUGGGACGCCAUGUUUCCACAGGUACCUUUGCCUUGACAUCCCUAAUAUCAGCCAAUGCAGUGGAGCGGCUGGUCCCCCUGAGCAGCCAGAACCUUACCGUGCAGAGCAACACGAGUGUGCUGGGCUUGUCUGACUUUGAGAUGCAAAGGAUCAGUGUUGCUGCCGCUGUGUCCUUCUUGGGAGGGGUGAUUCAGGUGGCCAUGUUUGUGCUACAUCUGGGCAGCGCCACAUUCCUGCUUACCGAGCCUGUGAUCAGUGCGAUGACAACAGGGGCUGCCACCCACGUCGUGACUUCGCAAGUCAAAUACCUCUUGGGAAUGAAAAUUCCAUAUAUAUCUGGACCACUUGGAUUCUUUUAUAUCUAUGCACAUGUCUUUCAAAACAUCAAGUCUGUGCGGCUAGAAGCCCUUCUCUUAUCUUUGCUGAGCAUCGUGGUGCUUGUUCUGGUUAAAGAGCUGAAUGAACAGUUUAAGAGGAAAAUUAAAAUUGUUCUUCCUGUCGACUUAGUUUUGAUCAUUGCUGCCUCAUUUACUUGUUAUUGUACCAAUAUGGAAAACACAUAUGGACUAGAAGUAGUUGGUCAUAUUCCAAAAGGAAUUCCUCCGCCCAGAGUUCCCCCAAUGCGCAUCCUCUCUGCAGUAAUCACUGAAGCUUUUGGAGUGGCAUUUGUGGGCUAUGUGGCCUCACUAGCCCUUGCUCAAGGAUCUGCCAAAAAAUUCAAAUAUUCAGUUGAUGACAACCAGGAAUUGUUGGCUCAUGGCCUCAGCAAUGUGAUUUCUUCAUUUUUCUUCUGCAUACCGAGCGCUGCAGCCAUGGGAAGGACCGCCGGCCUGUACAGCACGGGAGCAAGGACACAGGUGGCUUGUCUGAUAUCUUGCGUCUUCGUCCUGAUGGUCAUCUAUGCAGCAGGACCUUUGCUUUACUGGCUGCCCAUGUGUGUUCUUGCAAGUAUUAUCGUAGUGGGAUUGAAAGGAAUGUUAAUACAGUUUCGGGAUUUAAGAAAAUAUUGGAAUGUGGAUAAAAUUGAUUGGGGCAUCUGGGUCAGUACAUACAUAUUUUCAAUAUGUUUUGCUGCCAAUGUGGGGCUGCUGUUUGGUGUUGUCUGUACCGUAGCUAUUGUGAUUGGUCGCUUCCCAAGAGCAAAAACUCUGAGUAUAAAAAAUAUGAAAGAAAUGGAAUUUAAAUUGAAGAGAGAAGUGGACGACGAAACCCUGCAUCAGGUGAAAAUUAUCUUAAUAAACAACCCACUUGUUUUCCUGAAUGCAAAGAAGUUCCGUGCUGACCUGAUGAACAUAAUCCAGAGAGAAAACACCAGCAGCCAGCCACAUGAUGAGAUCAGCAAGUGUGAACAAAACACAUUGCUCAAUUCUCUAUCCAAUGGCAAUUGUAAUGAAGAAGCUACGCAGCCCUGCCUGAACGAAAAGUGCUCUUUAAUCCUGGACUGCAGUGGAUUGACCUUUUUUGACUCUUCUGGAGUCUCCAUGCUUGUUGAGGUUUACACGGACAGUAACAGCAAGAGUGUGGAUGUGUCAUUCGCCCACUGCACAGCUUCCUUGAUAAGAGCAAUGAAAUACUGUGGGAACCUAGAUCCAGAGAAGCCAAUUUUUUUUGAAUCAGUGCCUGCCGCAUUAAGUAGCAUCCAUUCAAAUAAGAAAUGAGGAAACUGAUGCCCCGGGAAGUUCCACCAUUUGUAAGUGAUGGAGCCAGUUUCAAAGUCCGCAGUCUGACCGUGGACUCGGAGCUUUAAGCUUCUGUGCUCUGAUGCCUCAGAGAAUGUCUGUUUUCUUAGUUUAGCUGGACAGCUUGCUUCAGUUACUGCUAUUCUUUGACUGUGUUAUCAACUUCAGAGUCAAGUCAGUAGCCAGGUGUUAAUUUCUCCCCCUUCUAUUUCAGAGUCUGAGCAAACUCAGCGACCACAGUGAAAUGUGAGACUCUUUCGCUGCAAUACAGCUUUUUUUUUAGCAACUGCCCCGAAGAGGCCAUACUCAAGCAUUUUGCACAACCUUUUUGUUGUUUAGAUCCUACAAAUUGACCUCUACUUCGACAAGUGUGCUGUGACGUAGCAAUCACAUAACCACUGGUCAAGGUUUGCCGACAAUUUUAUCGUCUUUGUUAGUAAGCAAAUUCACUGUGCAGGUUAUUUUAGUUAUUUUAUAAAAAUCAGUAUACAUUUAGCUUUAGUGUCCUGAAAGGUAAACAUGAAUUUAUUUGCUUUUUAUAGCACAGUAUUUUGUGUUGUUUUAAUUCUGUUCUGUUAUAAGUUAAUUUGUAAAUCUGAGAAAUACUUUGUCAUAUAAUGAGAGAUUUAGAACAUUUGCAAGCCAUUUGUAAAAAUCCAGGAUCAUCCUUAACUAAUAUGUGAAAACAACUUAGCAGGUGGGCCAUUUUCCCUUACCAAAGAAAGAGAAGUCAUUGAAUAUCAAUAAGGGUAAAUGUUACUUCAUGCAAUCGAUACGAAAUUCACAGAUAAGUCAAACAAAAAGCAAAUGACAAACGAGAAACCAUUCUUCUCCGUACCUUUCCGUGCACGGAAGUCUUCAGAAAUGCGUUGAAAAUAACCAGUAUCCUGUGAAACCAAGUUCUCGACGUUAGUCUGUUUUGCUGUGAAUGUUGGAAAUGCUUAGACUCUUCAGACCUCAUAGCCCUAAUUUCCACAUCCCGCCCCACAAGAGUCUCUGUUUUCAGCUGAAGUUUUGCUGGAACGAGAGAAUGUGGAAGUUGCACAUUUUAUAUUUUUUCACAGAUAUGAUCUUUAGAUGAAAAAAUACCACCAGUAGAAUAGUUUUGUGCUAUUCCAACAUGGAAUUAGCUGUAGUAGGUUGGGACUCUUCUAUUUCUGAGACAGAGUCAAUACAAUACAAUACAAUACAUUUCUCUCUCUAUAUAUAGACAGAUCUCCAGAGUACGAGUUUUUUUCUUUUGUUAAAGGAGAGCUUGGACAAGUGAUUAUUUGCAAACCCACAAAACCAGCAGGAUAAUUGACAAACACCACAGGCCAGACUGACCUGUAUAAAUGAUUGUUUUCAUGUUUCUACAUAUAUUUUCAAUCACAUUCUAUUACACAGUUUCAUUUCUUUAGUUAGCAAUUUGAUUUACCUAUGAAAAAAAUCUCACUUUCAAAAACAGGUGUAGGCACAUGCUUUAGUUUUAAGGCACUUUAACUCUUCCAGAAAUUACUAGUUAACAAAAAGCCAAGAACUUUAAAGUGAAUUUGAAAGUAGUUUGAAAACAAAAUAGAAGACUGGUAAUUUAGGUGUUUUUGUGGACAUCGGUAAGAGUAAAUGCUAAUGUCUGCCAAGUCGUGUAAUGGUCCCUAGUAAAUGUGUGGUAAACAUUUGUAUGGCCCUUAUUUUUACCAUUAAGCUCUAGGUAGACAAUGUAAUAACAUGAAAGGAGAGAAACAAAUGUUUCCAAUUCUUAUAACUUAUUUAGACAUUUCAAUUUUGAUUGACAUGAACUACAAAGAAUAGCGUUUGUCCCACAGAAAGCCUCAAUCCCUUCAUCACUAAUUUGGAUUGAAAUAACUGAGGCCAACUUUCAUUCCCAUCAGAUACUGUUCCAACAAAAGGUGGAGAUAAAAAUUAGAUUACCUCCUCUGUCUGAUUAAAUUAUUCCGAGGGUGGAUGGUGGCAACAUUCACCAUCUCUAAUCCAUUGGUCAUUGGCACAUAAACAAGAGUCAAAGUUAAGAAAGAACAUAUGUUUUGCUGUGUAUAAAUUGAUAUAUUUCUGGGCAACUGUGGCCUAUUAUUAAAUUCACGCACUGUAGGCAUUUUCUAAUUUGUUAGCGAUUAUGGACUAUAGUUGGCAUGAAUAUCGUUACAGUUAAUCAAUAAAUGAUUUCUUCUGUUUUAUUAUCCAAGUUGAGACACAAUUGUCUGAGAAGAUGUAUUUGAAAGCAUUUAGUGUUUGUAGUAGACAUUUAAUGGAUAAAACUUAAAACCCAGUAAGUCUGGUGUCAAAUGUUACUAUUAUUUUCAAAGUAAAGGAAGACCAAAGCAUGUACCAUAAAUAACCCUUUGUUCUAAGGCUCCCCCUCCAUACUAAGGUCACGGUAACUGUUGACCUGGAGAAACUCCCUGGAGUUAAGUCCUGAGAGCCCAAUAGCUAAACACGAGUUUCAGACACACGAGAUUCUAAGACAUAAAUGUUUAUUUCAAAACAGACAUUAACAAAACCAGAACUGCAAUAUGGUCCUGAGCUAGAAUGUUUCUAGUCAUGCUGAAUUGUUUUUAUGAAGAUUGCCUUACUUUUGUAUAUGACAAACUCCUUCCAUAUCCUUUACUAUGGUAAAGGAAAAUUGGGAAAAAUUAAAACUGACCUAUAAGAAUGUUACAUACUUAAUAGAGAGAUGUACAUAAAUUAACUGGAAAGUAUGUAACCUGGAAAACAUUGUUAACAUUACAUUUAUGCAAAUUAAGUGCCCUUGAGUUUUACCAUUUGUCUUUCAUUUUAAAGGUUAUUUGCCCCCAAUUACAUGAUUCAAGUGUUAUAAAAUCUAGCUUGAACUACUUUGCAGUAAUUUAUUUGACAGAUCUCUAUUGUAUAAACGCAUAAUGUAAUGAGGAAAGAGAUCUCUCUUUUUUAAUGAAAACAUUAAUGUGUUAAUACCCUCUGUGGAUAAUGUUUGACAUUUAAUAGUUACUGAAAUAUAUUAGUAUGUUGUUGAACAUACAAAAGCCUAGAAAUGCGUGUUCUGCAUUCUGUGGGAUGAUGAUCUAAUUCAGUAUAGGGUAUGCUUUUCGGCAGUGAUUUUGUUGUCAGAUUUUAAAUAGGGUAUUAAAUGAGGCUUGCACAAUCCAAAGUAUUUUAGAUAAAAAUCAGAUAGUCUAAUAUGCCACACUUAUAUUUUUAUAUUUUCAAUGUAUUUAAUUAUCUUUUAAAUAAUCCUUUGUACUGACUUAGCAUAUAACAACCAAUUUACAUGGAAAUAAACUGAAAUAUGAUAACUA